AUGAGUUUUGAAGAUGUAGCUAUAAACUUCAGCCUGGAGGAGGGGACACUGAUGGAUCCUUCUCAGAAGAAAUUUUACAGAUAUGUGAUACGGGAAACACUGAGGAACCUGGCUUCAAUAGGGAAAAAAUGGAAAGACUGUAGCAUUGAAGAUCAGUACAAAAACCUUUUCAAAAACAUGAAAGAAAUCACAGUAUAG